UUUCAUUAUUCCAAGUUUUACUUUCGAACGGAGAAGUUAUAGGAGGAAGAAAAUUAAAGUAAAAAAAAAAGUUUCGAAAUUUCGCAGUGUUUGAAAAACCAGAAAAGCCUUUAUAUUUUGCUAGAAUUUUUACCACUAGAAAAACCACUGAAGCCAUCCGGAUUUGAUCAGAAUCUGAAGCUAUCUGAAACCGAGCUACGAAUAGCUGUCCACACAUCUAACUACGCCGUGAGUUUUUGAGUUUAUCGAAGAGUUAAUCUACCAGAAACGAAAAUGUGCGAUCCGUGCUGUGGUCCCUGCGAUCCCUGCUACUCCUGCUAUCCUUGCUCACCUAAACCAUGCAAGAGUCGCGAACUUCGAGGUGGCAUUCUGAUCUCAAACUGCGAGUGCCUGAAGCGCAACGGUUUACAGCAUGACUGUCCGCGUUCUGAAUGUCAGGCAAAACCAUGCUGUCUCACCAAACCGGAAGCUUCUUGCUGUCCUUCGCAAUGGGCCCGACGCUAUCGUUUUGUGACGAUGGGUAAGAAGAGUAAUCCGGUUCGUCCAUCACCGAAGUGCUGUCUUCCGAUUGGGGGUGGCGGAUGCAAUCCUUGCCCAAUCGAUCCUACUUGCUGUGAUCCUUGUUGCGGACCGUGUGGUCCUUGCGGUCCAUGUGGACCUUGUGGACCAUGCGUGCCUUGUGGACCAUGUGGACCUUGUGGACCAUGCGGACCUUGUGGACCUUGCGGACCUUGCGAUCCAUGCUGCCCACCGGUAUGUGGACCUGUUUGCGAUCCGUGUUGUCCACCAGUUUGCGAUCCGAGUUAUCCACCAGUGUGUGAUCCCAGCUGUAGCGUUCCGUACUAUCCGCUGAAGCGCAUCCGGUCGGCGGUACGACAACCAACACCAAGACCAAAGAUGGCCAAAACCAAUUGGUACUGCCCGCCAUCGUAUAAGAUCUGUCGUGCACCGGCACCUUGUCGUUACUCAGCGCCUUGCAAGGCUCACUGCUAUAAUGUGGAACGGUUUUGUUACCGAUGUAGAUGAAUUUGAACGUGAAUUCGUUGAAUUCCCUCUCUUUUACUAAUGGUGAUCCUUGCAGUGACGCCUGCGUACCCUGUGGACCGUGCUAGAAACGAUAGAAUUUGCUGCUUUUACGUGUUAAACACAAUCCCCGUAUUUCCUGCCAACCUUUUCGUAGCGUGCCAACCAACCAGACCUAGUCUUAGCAACAUCGUUACCAAGGCACGCCCGUAUCCUUCCCUCGGAUCAGUGACCCACUACUCCGUUCGAGAAAAAUUUCUUGUUAAUCUACGUUUCCCGUUUUGCAUGUAAUGUUGUGUUGUUAGAAAUUUUAUAACGCGUUAUAGGCAGCCAGCUAGCACAUCAUUAGCAAGCUUCACAUAGAAGAGCUAGAAGCAGCAUCGAUAGCAGUUGUAGUUGCAUUCAGAUCCAUCAACUUAAUCGAACUAUGAAAGAACAACGCUAUCCGGCACAGUUAGAAGUUUCAAUCAAAUAAAAAGCGUAUAUUCAAUUCGGAAA